ACAUCACAUCAAAAUCAAAUGCCUCCCUUCAUUUCAACUCAAACAGUUAGCAGAUUACUGAUCCAACGGUUCAGUUGAUGGACCGACCCGGUUUAUUCGGUGAGCCGCGGUUCGUUGGGUGUUAAAGCCGGAGGUUCUUCUUCUUCUUCCUCCCGUCGCCGUCAUCUCACACCGCGAGCUCCUCCUCCUCGACCUGUGAAACCACACAAUAGAUAUCUAAUCGCCGUCGCCCUCCCGAUUCGACGGACCGAUCGACGUAUGCAUGAAAUGCCAUGCAACCUCGCCAUGGCAAGUGGCAACGAUUGACAUUCCCUUCCUCGACGCUCACCAAGAAUCACUCCUCCUCCUUUCUUCUGUUCGCAACUUCUCCCGUGCAUGCAGGAUUCAUAAAGCUGAUGUGAUGGAAUUCGCCUCGUGAUUUAUUGAAUCCUGUACUGUUCCUUUCUCACCAUCCCUCUCUGACAGAUUGAGAUUUUGCGGCAGCUUUAUCUGAUGCGAGAUCACCUCAAAUCCCUCUGUUUUCCUUUUCUCCCCUGUUUCCACUGUUUCUCUCUCUGACACCAAAAAACCUGCACACUUUCUCACGCGCGCACCAAUUCCCCUCUGACCUCCGCCAUGGCUGAGCUCACAAGCAGCUCUGCUCUGUAGCCUAGCAGAGCGGAGCAGAGCUCACUCUCCGUUUUCCUCCAGGAUUAGAUAGGAAGCAAGGGCUACGGCAUGGCUACCUCUGACACGCCUUGAUUCGUCCUGCUCAUUUAAGUCGCACAGCUCACCUCUCUUCCCUCUUUAUAAGCAGAGUUUGGGAGCUUUUGUUGACGUAUGAUUUCGGUCGUGGAAUGACAAAAAAUUAAUCUUUGGCUCACUCGAUCCGAUAAGCAGCGUUGAAAUGGAGAACCACGUCGCCAGCGAGUCUCAGCUGCCGCCUGGUUUCCGAUUCCACCCCACCGACGAGGAGCUCAUCACGCACUACCUCCUCAAGAAAGUGCUUGACGUCAACUUCGCGGGCCGGGCCAUUGCCGAGAUCGACCUCAACAAAUGCGAGCCAUGGGAACUCCCAGAGAAGGCGAAGAUGGGGGAGAAGGAAUGGUACUUCUUCAGCCUUCGCGAUCGGAAGUACCCCACCGGACUGCGGACCAACAGGGCAACAGACGCCGGGUACUGGAAGGCGACGGGGAAGGACCGGGAAAUCUACAGCUCGAAGGCGACGGCGCUGGUGGGGAUGAAGAAGACGUUGGUGUUCUACAGAGGGAGAGCUCCCAAGGGCGAGAAAAGCAACUGGGUGAUGCACGAGUACAGGCUCGAGGGCAAGUUCGCCUACCAUUUCUUGUCGAGAUCUUUCAAGGAGGAAUGGGUAGUUUCCCGCGUGUUUCAGAAGUGCGGCGGUGGGGGAAGCAGCGGGAAGAGGACCCGCUUCGCGCUCGCCGGCGAGAGCGCCGCCGUGAGGGAGGCGGCGCCCGUGCCCUGCUUCUCCACCACCGUCUCCUUCAUGGGCCUCCACUUCCCGCCAGCUCCUCCGUCCGGCUUCGCCGGAGGCUUCCAGAGUCUGAGGUCGUUGCAGGAGAAUCUUCACUUGCCGUUUCUCAUACCAAGUGCGCCCGGGCCGCCGCCGGCGAUCGAUUCGGCGGGUUCGGGGUGGCCGUCGGAUUUCCAUCGGACGGCCGAGACUAGUGAUGCUGUGCUGGGCCACCAGUUGCCUGUGGGGUCCACGGAGCUAGAUUGCGUUUGGAGCUUCUAAAGACGUCCUGUUUGGUACCAGCGGCAGUUGCUACGAAAUUUGCCCGUUUUGUACUCCGAUCCGACACGUGUCGCGUUGUGAUGUGAAUUUCUGGCUACGAAAAAGAAAGCG